GAGAGUUAACGGGUCUUCAUGGAGCAUGUCACCACUGCAGAGGUUCUUCUUAUCCACGAUGCACUUUAGGAUUUCAGUAAGAUGUGUGUGUGUUUCCAGAUCCUCACUUUCCUGCUGCUGUGCGUCACUUUCCAGCUCCGAGCUCAGGAUCCCUCCUGCUGCCAGCAUGCUGCAGACUUCUCCCCCUGCAAGGAAGCCUGCGACCAGCUUGCCACGAUAAAGAGUGAGUCUCGGCUGAAGCACCUCCUGCAGAGGUUACCCAGCUACUGCCCCGAGCCCAUGAAUGAACUGUGGACGUGCAUCAACUCCACUCUCCCAGGAGUCUCCAGGAAGACGGAGGGCUGGGUGGGGCUGGGCUGCUGCGAGCUGGCCAUCGCUACAGAGUGUCGCAGGGAGUGCAAACAGGCCUCCUCUAAAAGCGACAUCACUAAAUCCUGCAGGAAGGUCACAGAGAACUCUCUCUACAGCUGCAUCACCAAAAAUGAAAUGGGCUCCACCUGCUGUGGGUAUGCAGGGCGUCACACCACCUGCAGGGAGUACUGCCAGGCCAUCUUCAGGACGGACUCCACCCCCACCGUGUCCCAGAUCAACGCCGUCACCGAGUACUGCCAGAGCCACAGCGCCCAGCUGAUCGGCUGCGUGGGCAACUUCACCAAGAGCUACCCCAUCAGGAGCCCCAUCGACAGCCUGUACUGCUGCGACCGGGCCGAGGCCCCCCACUGCCAGGAGUCGUGCCGCAGGAUCCUGCGCACCAUGAGCACGGAGCACGAGAUCAUGGAGGGUCUGAUCACGCAGUGCGGGUCCCAGCCCCUCCCUCAGGAGCCCAUGUGGCAGUGCUUCCUGGGCAGCGCUCACCCCCCCUCUCCACCUGAGGAGGAUCCCCCCCACCCCGCCAAGAUGGACUGUGCCAAGCUGCACUGCUGCUCCAAGGCCAACACCUCGCUCUGCAGGGACAUGUGUCAGGAGAUCAGCACUAACUGGGGCAGUCAGACGUGGCAGGACUUCGACCAGCUGUGCGAGUACAACCCUGUGGAAACACCACUGAUCAGCUGUCUGUCUGACGUCAGGGAGCCCUGCCAGCUGGGCUGCAAGGACCUCAGCUACUGCAGCAACUUCAACAACAGGCCCACGGAGCUGUUCCGCAGCUGCAACGUUCAGUCGGAUCAGGGCGCCAUGAACGACAUGAAGCUGUGGUCCAACGGCACCAUCAAGAUGCCCUUCAUGAACAUCCCGGUGCUGGACAUCCGGAAGUGUCUGCCCGACCUGUGGAAGGCCGUCGCCUGCUCCUUGCAGAUCAAACCCUGCCUCAGCAAGGCCCGGGGCAGCCUCAUCUGCAAGUCGGACUGCGUGGACAUCUUGACUCAGUGCGGGGACAGGAAGCGUCUCCAUGAGGGACAGACUCCGGAGAGGAUCUGUGAGCUGCUGUCGCCCAUCGACGACCCCGAGCGCUGCAUCCCCCUGCAGAAGUACCUCACCCCCAGCUCUCUGGGCAGUAGCGUGGUGGAGGAGGUGAUCCACCCCUGUAACCCCAACCCGUGUCCCAGCAGCCACCUGUGCCAGGUGAACCGGAGGGGCUGCCUGGACCACAACUGCCUGCCCUACCUCUGCGUACCAGGCUGUAAGCUGGGCGAGGCGUCAGAGUUCCUGGUCCUCCAGGACUCCCGUGUUCUGGUCCCGACCCGCUCCGGCCCGUCCGGCUGUCAGGAGGUGUGCAGCUGUGGGAGCAGCGGCCGGCUGGAGAACUGUGAGGAGACGCCCUGUGUGGACACCAGCCGGAGCUGCAGUACCACGGGGGGCCGCAGGAGUCACGGCUCCUUGUUCAGGAUGGACUGCCGCUCCUGCUCCUGCUUCUCCGGGGAAUCCAUCUGCUCCCAGAAACCCUGCCUCACCCCCCACAGCUCGGAGGACGACAGGAGGCUCUUCACGGGUCUGCCGUGCAGCUGCCCAGACCACUUUGUUCCGAUGUGUGCGUCUAACGGUCGGACGUACCCCAGCGCCUGCGUGGCUCGGUGCCUCGGGUUCGGAGACCAGCAGUUCCAGUUCGGACGCUGCAGACUCAGCGACCCCUGCAGGGGGAAGGCCUGCUCCAGGAACCAGAGGUGUGUCCCCCGGUACGCAGUGUGUCUGAGCGACUCCUCAGACUGUCCUCAGUAUGAGUGUGUGGGUCGUCCCGCAGCAUGCGACCGCACCAACGUGCAGCCGGCCUGUGACACAGACGGCCUCGUGCAUGCCAACACGUGCAUGCUCCUGCAGGCCGGCAAGACCCUGGCUUACCUGGGACACUGCCAGGAGGCGUGCAGGCGGCCUGCCCCGGUGUGCGGUCAGAACGGAGAGACCUACAGCACGGUGUGUGAGGCCUUCUCUGACCGUGUUGCCGUGGACUACCAGGGGUCCUGCCAUGCUGUGGGGCCGGUUUCUGACGGGGCCCCCGAGUCUGCGUGCAGUGGUAUCCCCUGCCCCCCCCUCUCCACUGCAGGCUGCCAGCCCAUCACCCCCCCAGGAGCCUGCUGCCCCAUCUGUGCCGCCAUGCUGCAGAUCCUCUGGAACAAGGAGCAGAUCAACACCUUCGCUAAGCUGAACAGGAAGCCGGUGACGGUACGUGGCGUGCUGCAGGUCCUCCGGCUGCACGUCUCCGUGCCGCAGUGCGACGUCUUCGGGUUCCUGAGCAUCGACCAGCAGCUGGUGGUGCUCAUUGCCCCUGUAGACCAGCAGCCCACCCCCCUGCAGAUUGAGGCGUGCAACAAGGAGGCGGAGAAGAUCGACUCCCUCAUUAACUAUGCGAGCCCCACCCUGGUCUCCCACGUCCCCCUGUCAGCUUUCUUGUCCUCGGAGAUCAGGACCUCCUCCAUACACUCCUCCGGGGGGGCGGGGUCUUCCCCUCUUCCCCCAGUCCUCACACUCUUCCUAGGCCUCCUCAUCGCUGGUCUCCCCUCCCUAUGAGGCCUCAUUCUCACCCCCCAGAGGUGAGUGUCUGAGUGGGGGAGUCACAGAAGGAACUCUCGACAAUCAUUCCUAUCGACAAUCAGCCGGUGGAAAAGCUUUUAUUUUUAAAAGCUUUUCGUACAAACAGUGUUACUCACGGGUUUCCCCCCAGUGAAGUGUGUGUGUGUGUGUGUGUGUGUGUGUGUGUGUGUGUGUGUGUGUGUGUGUGUGUGUGUGUGUGUGUGUGUGUGUGUGUGUGUGUGUGUGUGUGUGUGUGUCUGAUUGGAUUUUGGAGACAAUUAAGGACAACACAUCCCCGUCUGACAAAUUACCCAGAAUUCCCUCUGCCACACACACACUUCACACAGAUAGGUUUUGCUCGGUGCAGACUAAUUCUUGGAAGUCUGAUAUAUUUUUUAAAAGUGACACUUUGUUCCAGCCUGAACUUUUGAAUGAUUAUGUAUUUACGUGUAAUAAGAUGUGUGUGUAUCUGGACCUACAGUGUUUGAACCUCACAGUGUUAGUUUUUGCUCAUGAAGCCUCUAAAGUCGGAGAAUGAAGGAUGGUGUUACAAGGCUUUCCUCCCAAAUAUAAAGACAUGGUGACACUUUAUCUGAUGUGGUGUUCAUAAACAGUCAUUUAUAUUAUUAUAUUUUAUAUAUAUUAUAUAUAAGGACCUUCAUGCAUGACAAUCUAUGAAUAUUCUCUGAUGGAUUUCCAGCUUAAAAUGAGGAUAUUGUUCAUUUUUGAUGAAUCUGAUUAUUUUUAGAUCAUAACUAAUUGAGUUUGUUCGAUAAAAUGUAAAACAAAUAUUGGACCCCAAUCAAAGCCUCUCUUAAAUGCCAAAUCAUUGUAUUUCUUCACAGGUGUUUGAAUAUUAUGCUGCAUUUGUUUCAAAAACGCUUAAAAUCUGCAGAAAAAUGGAGCUGCAGUAAUUAGACAAUGAUCAAUAAUUCAUAAUUAAGCUUUAAAAGGGAUGUUUCUGUUUCCAGCCUCAAAUUUGAAGAUUUUAGCUUUUGUCAAAUUAAAGUGAAUAUAUCUGGACAUUUAAGGGUUCGUGAGUUGCAGUAAAAGUACAUAAAUGAGGCAUUCAGGAGUGUUUCAUGAGCACCACGUGUGAUGUAAAGUGUUCUCAGUAUUAAAGGGACGCUUCAAGUCUGUACAAACCAGAAGCCAUUAUUAACAAAGGCCAAUCACUACCCACAAUCCUCUCUGGGUGGACCUCUCUCUAUGCGUCGUGUCGUAUAGGAAGUAAAAAUGAAAUGCAAUAACUUUAUAUAUUAAGAAGUGUUUCUAUAUGUGUCUCCGAUCACCUCUGUGCCAAUGCGUGCGUGCGUGCGUGUGUGCGUGUGUGUGUGUGUGUGUUAGGCAGCUCCUCCUCCAGUAUUACUUUAUAUUAUAAAUAGUAUGUGUAUUGCUGUGUCUCUGCUGUGUGUUUUCUGUGUUGCAUUCGAUGUCACAAUAAGUUGUUUACACCUAAAGAAGGAAGAAUAGUUCAGCGUUUUGGGAUCAAAUCUUUCGGGGAUUCAGACAAUGAGCUCGAUAUUAAUCUGAUGUCUGAGCGUUAAUAAAAGCUUAGUUUAACAGGGACUUAAUAUGCAUCUGACAAGUACAAGGUAGUGUUAUUGAAAAAGUAGGCUCGUCUAAAGGGUCAUGUUGGAGGCAGAAAGUCCUGCAGAGCACAAAUAAAACACUGUUUAGACCCUGAAAACUCGUGGUAAAAACCCAAAUAAGCAGAAUUAUAUGUGAUUUAUUGCAAUAAAAGCAUCGAAAAGGAUGCAGAAGUUGCUGAGUCAUGUUAAAAGUCUUGUUAUGUUGGGUUUUCAGGAAGAGGACAAGCAAACAACUCUUAAUUAAAUCUCUAACCGCUAAGCUAACGUUGUAGCUGCAGCAUCAUCUAAAUGAGGGAUACAUACACAGAUAUCUGCCUACUGUGUAGCUUAAACAUGCCUUUACAGUGUUAUUAUUUUACUAUAGGAGCCAUCAAACACUAUGAUAACCUUUCCCUACAACUGGUAAUCGUCUAAUCUUAGCUAUUGGCACUUUUUUUGAAAGAGCUACGCUAGCUGUUCCCAUCCUUUAGUCUUUAUGCUAAGCUAAGCUACAUAUAUCAUACCUCUGUAUUUAACACACAGACAUGAGAUUUAUAUCCAUCCAUCCUCUGACUCUCAGGAAGAAAUGUAGUUUGCAAAUUCCUCAACAUGCUGAACUAUUCGUAAAUAGUGCUCCAAACAGAUCUGUUAGCUGGAAGCUAAUGUGUUUCCUACCAGGACUGGUGCUUUGUGUUGUUCUGUUCCUCACGUUGGACUCCUCCUACCAAAGGUUCUCUAAAUGUUAUUCUCUUUCCACCAUCACUGUUCGACUCUGUAUAAGUGCCGUGAAUUUGAAUAAGAAUCUGAAGAAACAGGGUGCAUAUUUAAUGAACUAUAAAAAAGCAAUACAAAGUA